AUGGAGGAGGAGAUGCAGCCGGCGGAGGAGGGGCCCAGCGUCCCCAAAAUCUACAAGCAGCGCAGCCCCUACAGCGUCCUCAAGACGUUCCCCAGCAAGAGACCGGCGCUGGCCAAGCGCUACGACAGACCCACCCUGGUGGAGCUGCCGCACGUGCGGCCGCCCCCGCCGCCCCCGCCGCCCUUCGCGCCGCACGCCGCCGUCUCCAUCAGCAGCAGCGAGCCGCCGCCGCAGCAGCAGUUCCAGGCGCAGAGUUCCUACCCCCCCGGGCCCGGCCGGGCCGCCGCCGCCGCCGCCUCGUCGUCGUCGCCGUCCUGCACGCCCGCCGCGUCCCAGGGCCACCUGAGGACUCCGGCCCCGCCCGCGGCCCCCGCCGCCUCGUCGUCGUCGUCCUUCGCCGCCGUCGUCAGGUACGGCCCCGGCCCGGCAGCGGCCGCGGGCAGCAGCAGCGCGGGUAGCGACGGCGCCAGCCUGGAGCUCAGCGCAGAGAGUCGUAUGAUUUUGGAUGCCUUUGCCCAGCAGUGCAGUCGAGUUCUUAGCCUCUUAAAUUGUGGAGGAAAACUUCUGGACUCAAACCAUUCUCAAUCUAUGAUUUCUUGCGUAAAGCAGGAAGGCUCUAGUUAUAAUGAAAGACAGGAACAGUGUCACAUUGGGAAAGGGGUCCACAGUCAGACUUCAGACAAUGUAGACAUAGAGAUGCAAUAUAUGCAAAGGAAACAACAAACUUCUGCUUUUUUAAGAGUUUUCACUGACUCCCUCCAAAAUUACCUGCUCUCGGGGAGCUUUCCAACUCCAAACACCUCAACGAUUAGUGAGUAUGGCCACCUGGCCGAUGUGGAUCCUCUCUCCACCUCUCCCGUGCAUACACUAGGUGGCUGGACCUCCCCAGCAACCUCUGAGUCCCAUGGUCACCCAUCGUCUUCUACACUCCCGGAGGAGGAAGAGGAGGAGGAAGAAGAAGGCUACUGUCCCCGAUGCCAAGAGCUAGAGCAGGAGGUUAUUUCACUGCAACAAGAAAAUGAAGAGCUCAGAAGGAAAUUAGAAAGCAUCCCAGUGCCCUGCCAGACCGUUUUAGAUUACCUGAAGACGGUACUGCAGCACCAUAACCAACUCCUGAUGCCACAGCCAGCUGACCAGCCCACCGAGGGAAGCAAGCAGCUGUUGAACAACUAUCCCGUCUACAUAACGAGCAAACAGUGGGACGAGGCUGUAAAUUCUUCAAAGAAAGAUGGGAGACGGCUCCUUCGCUACCUCAUCAGAUUUGUUUUCACAACCGAUGAGCUUAAGUACUCAUGCGGCCUUGGGAAAAGGAAAAGGUCAGUGCAGUCAGGAGAGACAGGUCCCGAAAGACGCCCUCUGGAUCCAGUUAAAGUCACAUGCCUCCGAGAAUUCAUUAGGAUGCACUGCACCUCCAACCCCGAUUGGUGGAUGCCCUCCGAGGAGCAGAUAAACAAAGUGUUCAGCGACGCUGUGGGUCAUGCCCGGCAGGGGCGGGCAGUGGGAACUUUCCUGCACAACGGUGGCUCAUUUUAUGAAGGAAUCGAUCACCAGGCUUCACAGGAUGAAGUCUUCAAUAAAAGUUCACAGGAUGGAUCUGGGGAUUAG